AUGGGUUUCUUCGAGGAUACGUUUAUCAUUCUCAUUACCCAGAUAUUUUUCUUCUUAGGAGGAUGGGUAUUUUUUGUGAAACAGCUGUUUCGAGACUACGAGGUCCAUCACAGUCUCGUUCAGCUGAUUUUUUCUACUACAUUCUCAUUGUCCUGUACAAUGUUUGAAUUAAUUAUUUUUGAAAUUCUCGGAGUACUAGAGUCCAGCUCCAGGUAUUUUCAUUGGAAUGUUGGUCUCUAUUCUCUGUUGUUUAUGGUAAUAGUUUUAAUACCAUUUUAUAUUGCGUAUUUUAUCAUAAGCAAUAUUAGACUGAUAAGACUGAACCUUAAAAGGCCUUUAACAAUAAUGAUCUACUUCGUUUAUUUAUACUUUUUCUGGAAAUUGGGCGAUCCAUUUCCUAUUUUAAGUCCAAAGAAGGGCUUACUAUCGAUAGAGCAAGGAGUCAGUAGAAUAGGUGUUAUAGGAGUUACAGUGAUGGCUCUUUUGUCUGGCUUUGGUGCUGUAAACUAUCCAUACUCCUCCAUGGCCUAUUUCAUGAGACCAGUGUCUUAUGCCGAUGUUCAAGCAACAGAGAGGAGACUCCUCCAGACCAUGGAUAUGAUUGUUGCUAAGAAAAAACGUAUUGCACUAGCAAAAAAAGGAGAAAUCAACAAUGUAACAGUUGAAUCGAGAUCAAGAUUGUGGGGUAUGCUGACUCCCUUGAACGCCAUGAAAGGAAACCAAGAAAAUGUAAAACAACUUCAGCAAGAAGUAAAAGCUUUGGAAGAACUGUCUAGGCAAUUAUUUUUAGAAACCCACGAUAUUCAAAAUGCUAGAGAACGUUUAGAAUGGGCUGCUACGUGGAAGGGAAAGUACUUUAAUUUCUUAGGGUACUUCUUUUCUAUUUAUUGCAUGUGGAAAAUUUUUAUUUCAACGAUAAAUAUAGUUUUUGAUAGAGUUGGUAAGAAAGAUCCUGUUACCAAGGGUAUGGAGAUAGCCGUGCACUGGAUCGGUAUUAAUAUUGAUGUGACGUUUUGGUCUCAGCACAUAUCGUUUUAUCUCGUCGGCUGUAUCGUCGUUACGUCAAUUCGAGGGUUACUGUUGACAUUAACAAAAUUUUUCUAUGCGAUAUCAAGCAGCAAAUCAUCAAACAUUAUCGUGUUGAUUCUCGCCCAAAUAAUGGGAAUGUACUUUGUCUCGUCCGUAUUACUGAUGCGAAUGAACAUGCCAGCAGAGUACAGGAUAAUAAUAACCCAAGUGCUAGGUGAUUUGCAAUUCAACUUUUAUCACCGAUGGUUCGAUGUGAUAUUCCUUGUCUCUGCUCUCUCGUCCAUUGGCUUUUUGUACUUGGCGCACAAGCAGGCGCCAAGCGAACGUGCCUAAAAAUUUUUCAUCGGACGAACCGUCCAUGUAAUUACCUUUUUUUUUUUUUUUUAAGGGAAUAUAAAGAAAUUUUAGGUGGUCUCUCCUGCCAAGUUUUUAUUGCCACCAACGGAAUUAAGUUUUUUGUACAUUCCGCGCUUGAUUUUUUUUCCC